AUGGUGAGUGAGCUUUCGCCUUGCCUGUUGCUGCUGUUCUUACAGCCGUUCCUAUGCGCCUCAGAGGCAACGCCCAAGCCCGAGCUCGAGCCCUGCGAAGUGGACGACGAAGAUUACCGUUGCGCCUGUAACUUCUCAGGUCCGCAGCCCAACUGGUUCAGUGGACUUCAGUGUAUGGUUGCUGUCGAGGUGGAGAUCCGUGCUGGUGGCCGCAGCCUGGACAACUUUUUACAGGGCGCCGAUACCGAGCCGCGGCACUACGCUGACGUGCUUAAGGGUCUGCGCGUGCGGCGGCUUACAGUGGGCGCUGCCCGGGUUCCUGCCCGGCUCCUGUUCGCAUUAUUGCGUGCACUCGGUUAUUCCCGCCUCAAGGAACUGACACUCGAGGACCUGGAGGUAACCGGCACCUCUCUGCCGCCGCUUCUGGAAGCCCCCGGGCCUGCGCUCUCCGCUCUUCGCCUCCACAACGUGUCGUGGGCCACAGGGGGUGCGUGGCUGGCCGAGCUGCAGCAGUGGCUCAAACCGAGCCUCAAGGUACUGAGCAUUGCGCAAGCACCCUCGCUUGCCUUUUCCUGCGAGCAGCUCCGCUCUUUCCCGACCCUCACCACCCUAGAUUUGUCGGACAACCCUGGACUAGGUGAACGCGGGCUGGCCGCGGCCUUGUGUCCGCACAAGUUCCCGGCCCUCCAGGACCUGAGGCUGCGCAGUGCGGGGAUAGAGACGCUUACCGGUGUGUGCGUGGCGCUGGCGGCGGCCACUGUACAGCCUAAUAGCCUAGACCUCAGCCAGAACGCGCUGCUUGGCACCGCCAACCCCAGUGUUCCCGGGUGCAUCUGGCCCAGCGCAUUGAACUAUCUUAAUCUGUCUUUCGCUGGACUGAGGAAAGUGCCUAAGGGACUGCCGGCCAAACUCAGUGUUCUAGAUCUCAGUUGCAACCGGCUAAACAAGGCACCGCGACAAGAUGAGCUGCCUCAGGUGGAAAGCCUGACACUAGAUGGGAAUCCCUUCUUGGACCCUGGAGCCCACAAGUCCCACGAGGAUACAGAGAACUCCAGUGUGACCCAGGCCUGUGUGCACUUGCUCCUGGCCAUAGGAAUACCAGGAACCCUGACUCUGCUCCAAGGGACCAGGGGCUUCGCCUAG